AUGAUUAUCUAUAAAGAUAUUAUCACCGGUGAUGAGAUCAUCUCUGACUCAUACGACUUGAAGGAGGUCGAUGGUGUUGUCUACGAAGUUGACUGCAGCAUGAUCACUGUUGGCGCUGUCAGCGUUGACACUGGUGCCAACGCUUCUGCUGAAGAAGCUGAUGAGGGUGUCGAAGAUGGGGAACAAAAGGUCAAAGGAUAUUGUUAA